AUGAAGAACUACGAAUCCACAGUGUCGACGGAAGUCAAUGGAUUGUCCUUUUCAUUUCUGUCGAGUGCUGAAAUAAAGUCGCUGUCGUGUUCUGAAAUCAAAAAUGCUGGGAGAAUCGAUCACGAAUCUGCAGGAAAGUCCUGUAUAUAUGAUCCGUCCAUGGGAUCAACAGAGAUCUACAGACUGUGCUCAACGUGUAACGAAAUGACAAACUGUGAUGGGCAUUUAGGCCAUAUCAACUUCGCAAUACCGCUGUUUCACCCAAUGAUGAUUAAUAGUCUUUGCAAACUACUAAAGGCGGUGUGUUUCUACUGCGGAAAUUUGAGGUUGAAGCAUAGAACGUUGGAGAAAUUCACGGUGCUUUUUGAGGCUUCGCAAUCAGAAAAUAUGCGGGACAUGAUUAUAUUAGAUAAAAUCCUAAGCAUGAACGAAGAGAGAGAGGAAAACGCGGCAGAGAGAGAUAAAAUAGUCAAUUAUCUUUUGCACAGAUUGAAAAGAAGAGAACGCAUGAUGAAUAAAAGGAAUGGAAACAAAAGUGAAUUUUUACAUAAUCAUACAGAGAUGAAGCAUGAUUCCAAUAUUUGGAAUGAGAUAAGAGAUCGGUUUUUUAAUGAAGCUGCACAAUUGUGCGGAUGUAGCUAUUGUGAAGGGAAAGGCAAGGUGAUGAUAAAACCUUCAUCUGAUUUAUCGUAUAUUGAAGUAUCAUGGCACCAAAAAGAUAAUCCACCCAAACUUAUUAAAAGUUUAAAACAAUUUAUUGAAGAUGAGUAUGGUGAACCUGACGCAUAUGAAAGAUGGAAAGCCUUGAGGAGUGAACAAAAUGAUAAAAAUGAGGAAGAAGAAAAGAUGCUUGAACUGGUAAAUAAAGUCAGCGAGGAUAUCACUUCAUCCUCACUUAAAAGCCUAAACCAAACAGGGAAGUCAGUAAACAUGGUGCAUUUACAAUCAUUCCACCUAUUACCAUAUCUAGAUGAAUUGUUCAGAAAGGAGUCGGAAUUUUUGAACCAUUUGUUCCCACAAUCAAGGUUACACGGAUAUAAAAUAUUCUUCAUGGACUGCAUGGGAGUGUCAGCCAACAGGUUCAGACCACCCUUAGUAACAGCAGAUAAACAGAUAGUACUACACUCGAGAUCAACAGCACUACUAGACAUAGUGAUGACAAAUGAGUUUGUAAAACUGUUGCUUCAGUUUAAAUAUUAUAGCGAGGAAACAAACUCUAAUGAUAGUGCUAGUGAUGCUAGUGAACAAUUGAACGGAGUGAAUAAUGAAGUGAAACCGAAAGCAGGAAAACUGAGCCUGGUGGAAUAUCUGUCAAAAAUGAACUAUAAGAUUGAUGAGAAGCAAUUGGAACAAUUUGAUAAUUACCUAAAGGACUAUAAGGACUUGAAUGAAGCAAUAAGAGACCAGAUAUUAAACUUGCAGAAGAAACUGUCAUCAUACAUGGAUAAUGGUAACCCGAGACCGGGAAUAAAACAGACAAUGGAGCAUAAAACUGGAACAGUGAGACAAAAUAUGCUAGGAAAGAGAGUAAAUUAUUCAGCACGUACAGUAAUAGCACCCGACUGUUUUAUAGAUACAAACCAGAUGGGAAUGCCACUGAAGUUUGCAUUGGAACUCACAGUUCCAGAAUAUGUAACUAAAUAUAACGUAAACUUUUUGAGAAAACUGGUUAUAAAUGGACCAAAGGUAUACCCAGGAGCAAAGAUGCUGAGAGACACUAACGGAAAGAUUUACAAUUUGUCAGCAUUAACCUACAAUGAAAGAGUUGCAAAAGCCAAAUUACUGUUAGUAGGUUUAUCAGAAGGAAAUGCAACAAAGAUAGUAUACAGGCAUAUACUGGACGGAGAUGUAGUAUUAAUGAACAGACAACCAACAUUACAUAAACCAGGAAUUAUGGCACACUUUGUAAAGAUACUCACAAAUCAGAAGAUUUUCAGACUUAACUAUGUAAACUGUAGCACAUAUAACGCAGAUUUUGAUGGAGAUGAGAUGAAUGUCCACCUUCCACAAGAUUACUUAUCACAGUCAGAAGCACAGCUGAUAGCAAAUGCAGAUUGCCAAUUUGUAGUGCCAAAAAACGGCCAGCCAAUAAGAGGGCUAAUACAGGAUCACUGUCAAGGAGGAGCUUUACUUACGAGCAGAGAUACUUUUUUCACAAAAUCUGAGUUCUUCAACCUGGUGUACUUGUCAUUCAACUCAUUUAUAAGCACCAAUUCGUUGAUGUACCUGAGUAAGCAGGAUUUACACUUUGUGGAAGAGGAUAUUAAACUAGAUGUGCAAUUGCAUCAAUUGGCGAAAAGACUAAAGGUUUUAUCUGAUCCGUUCUCACGUAAAAUAACUAACAGAAACAUUAAAAUCCAUCUAGACCAACCAGCAAUUCUGUACCCAAAACAACUAUACACGGGGAAACAGGUGAUAACGUGUGUGUUGAAGACAUUAAUUGAUAAUAUUUCUGUUGGACUAGGAGACGGUGAAGAAAACAAUAAAUACAGGGGAAUUAACCUGCAAUCUAAGUCACAAACACCAGGAGAUGCGUGGGGAGGAUCAUAUGACGGAGAUAAGGAGGAAUCGACGAUUAUAAUUAGAAAUUCGGAAUUACUGCAAGGAGUGCUGGACAAAUCGCAGUUUGGAGCAAGUUCAUACGGUCUGACACACCUAAUAUACGAGCUGCUUGGCCCCAGAGUGUGUGGGAUGCUGCUAAACAGCUUUUCGUACCUGUUUACGUCAUUCUUGCAAAUGAGAGGAGCUACGUGUAGUCCAAAGGAUUUCUUGCUUACAGAGACUGCUGAAUCUGAACGUAAUAAAAUACUAAAAAGGAUAAAAUAUACGGGACUCCACUUGCAAGAGUUGUUUAUAUCACUGUCGAGAAAUACGGAUAAUAGUCUCCCCAACACUAACGGUGGUCAUAAUGGAUCGGUUAACGAUAAUCAAAAGUUAUUGGAUGAAUUGGUAUCUGAUUUUAGGCCGUUUUAUGAUGCCGUUAAGAAGUAUGUGUCAGACGUGAAACUUGGGAAUUUAGAUGGUUUAGAUUCCUUUGGCUCAUUUGUAGAGGUUCUUUUAACAUUGUUUUCCUCAAUUUCAAAGUGUAAUGAUAACAAAAAUGUUGAAGAACCUGUUAAGAAAUAUAUGUGUAAACUGAUUGAAAGAUGUUCAAAGGUGACUAAACUUAGGAAUUUGCUCUUACAGUAUUUUGCACAUUUACCCCCUGACUCGAAUUUGAAUUUGGUUCAGCUGAAAUUCCCAAAUUGGCUGGCUCAGUAUUCAGAUGUGGAUAAAACUGAACCUAAACAAGGUGAUUCUACAGAAUUAUCAAGCACACUGAAUAAAAAUGGACUAACGAAUGGCAAUAAUGGAGCAAAUUAUAAGUUGGGAGACUCAUAUAAUACAUGCAUGAAGUUUUAUAAAAUGGUGUGUAAUAGCCCAAGAGAGAAUGACCUGCUCUCAACAUUCGAUAGGUUCUUCCAGAAUAACAUAGUCUCAGUGUCGAGUCAUAUUAACGAACUGGUGGAUAACACAGUGGUUAAAUUCCCAAGAAACGGAUUUGCAACAAUGGUGUCAACGGGAGCAAAGGGAAGUAAGGUUAACUUUGCAAUGAUAUCCUGUGCACUAUCGCAACAGACAUUGGAAGGGAAGAGAGUGCCAGUGAUGCCGUCAGUGAGAACAUUGCCAUGUUUUGCAUUCGGAGAUUUCGGAUCAAGAGCAGGAGGAUUUAUUUCUGACCGUUUCCUAACAGGCCUGAGACCGCAAGAGUACUUUUUCCACUGUAUGUCGGGAAGAGAAGGUUUAGUAGAUACAUGUGUUAAAACGGCAAAGUCGGGAUACCUUCAAAGAUGUGUUUUGAAGGCAAUGGAGGAUGUGAUAGUGUGCUAUGAUUCAACAGUUAGAGAUUCAAACUGUAACAUAAUACAAUUUAAGUAUGGAGAAGAUGGAAUUGAUGUGUGCAAAAGCUCUUACCUGUCACAGUUACAAGACCUCCAAGUUAAUGAGAUAUACCAGUGGUCAAAUGAUCCAAAAAAUCUAAAAUCCUCUGAUCCCGAUUCAAUGGAGUUGGAUGAAAAGGAAGAUGGUUUGGAUAAUGGAGCAAGGUUGUAUUUGAGAAAUUGUGAAACUGGCACCUACAAUAAAAGUUCUGAAACUGAUAGUAAUUUUAAAGCUUACUACGAGAAGUGUAAAUGUGAGCCAGGAGAAGCAGUAGGAUGUAUAGCAGGUCAGUCAAUUGGAGAACCAGCAACUCAAAUGACAUUAAACACAUUUCAUCUGGCUGGACAUGGUGCAGCAAAUGUAACUCUGGGUAUCCCCAGAUUGAUAGAAAUCCUUCAAAACACUUCACACUGUUCCACACCCUAUUUCUCAGUUCCAAUUCUGGGAAAAAAUGAAGAUGAAAUUGCUGAGAACGCUGAAAACGCCAUAAAUGCACUGAGGAUGAUUUACCUGUCAGACAUUGUGCAAUCAGUGGGUAUGGAGACUAGCGUAUACGUGAACAAGAACUCAGAGAAGGAGUGGGAGUACGUAGCAACGAUACAAUUUGACGAUUUUAACCUGUUUAGGAAAGUAAUUGGGCAUUUUAAUACAAGAGACAUUGUUAAAGUGUGCUCAUACAAUUUACUUAGCUCGUUCAUGAAAAGAGUUAUGGGACAGAUGAUAGUGACAAUGGACAUCAAUGUGCCAUUUGAACUCUCAGAUAAGACAGACCAGCUAGAGGAGUUUUGGAACAUGUUUGUAAUGCAGAAACAGAUUGUGAAGAGGGAUAAACUAUCAACGAGAAUUAGGAAAAUGAUAUUAGCAAGUGGCUCAUCCAAUGAUAUUCCAAAGAAACGUGAGGCAGAAGAUAGUUUAGAGUCUGAAGCUGAUCUAAUGGAUAAAUCCGACCAUGAUUCUCACGAAGAAAUGGACGAAAGAGAAGAGAAGGAUGAGUUUGUUGAAGAAAGUGAAGAAGAAACUGAAAGUUCAGAAGACGAAUCAGAAGGUGAUGACGAAUAUGAGUCUGAUGAUGAUGAAGUAGAGGAUCAGGAAAAUGAAGAUGACAAAGAUUCUGAUGAAGAGGAGGAGGAAGAGGAAGAAGAAUGCAUGCCUUUAAAUUCGUCACAAUCAUCUUCUGCAACAUUGGAAGACGGUUCUAUGGAUUUGGAUAAGGAACCUGAUGAUCCUAAUUUAAUGAACCUAGAUGAACAAGAUGAUAUUGUGUCAGGAGUUGAUGACUUAAGUUCACCAUCUGCAUCCCCAACCAGAAUAAGGAGUGAAAGCUCAGGAAUUAAAUCAGGAAAUCAAAGAUUAUUCUCAAUUAAUAGAAAAGUUUUCCAAUUUGUUAAAUCGCUGGAAUUUUCUGAGGAAACAUCAACCAUGGUUUUAAAGUUUGGCUGGCCCGUGUUAAAAUGUCCAUACUUUUUGGAUCUCCUACCACUGCUAAAGCAGGAAAUAUCACAGCUGGUAUUGAGAGACUCGUAUGGCAUACGUCAAUCUAGGAUAGAAUUUCAAACUGUAGACGACAAGGAAGAGUACACACUACACUGUGACGGGACUAACUUGAAGAGGCUUUUUAUGCUGAAGGAUGGAAUUGUGGAUUUCAACCUCAUCAAGAUGAACGACGUGGCUACCGUUCUCAAGUACUACGGAAUUGAAGCUGCACGAUCAUGCAUAGUUUCCGAACUCCAAAAGGUCUUUUCCGUUUACGGUAUUAAAGUUAACUACAGACACCUCACAUUAAUAGCUGAUUUCAUGACUCAAAAAGGUGACGUUAGAACUUUUACAAGAUAUGGAAUGGCAAAACACACUUCUCCUUUGCUGCAAAUGUCCUUUGAGUCGACAAUGAAGUUUCUUAUGCAGGCUUCUCAGCGUGGUGCUUACGAUAACCUGAAGUCGCCAGCAGGAGGCCUGAUGGCUGGAAAACCAGUCCAUGUAGGAUCGAGUUUGUGUAGAUUAAUGCAUGUUGUUGAUUUGAAGAACAAUAAUAGCAAUAAACUGGUUCCUUUUGACGAUCAAUACCAGUUUUAGUUUAAACACUUUUAAUGCUAAUGUAAUUAUAAGGCUGUGAUA